GGUGGUGCGCACAUCAUAAACCUACGCCUCCUCCUCCUCUUCUUCUUCUCCUGCUGUUCUCCUCAAAUCUCUCCCUAUAAAUCUCUGCAUUCUGUGCGAGCCGUUCAACAAGAAAGAAGCUGAAAAUUUGAGGGCUAUAUGUUUCAUCAUUUGGUACAUGGCAACAAAACAGCACAAUUGAGCCGUAAUUAAACUACUUUAUUCAGUUGAGGACUUGCAAUAUAUAUUGAGUUCUUUUUUUUGGUUCAAAUUUCUAGUGCAAUGGGGGGUGAGACAUUGAUAGACUCGUGGUUUAGCAACUUGUGGAAAACUUCGCGUAAGAGCCGAGUGUCGGAGCCUCCAAGGGAUGUAAUUGGAAUUUUAGCAUUUGAAGUUGUGACUUUGAUGUCUAAGGUGGUUCAUUUAUGGCAGUGUCUGAGUGACAAGCAGAUUGUUGGGUUGAGAGAAAAUAUUGUAAACUCGCUUGGAAUCCAAAAGCUUGUAUCGGAUGAUGAUGAUUAUCUUAUGGAUCUUGCUCUUGCUGAGAUAAUUGAUAAUUUGCGAUGUGUGGCAAAAGCAGUGGCUAGGCUUGGGAACAGGUGUGUGGACCCUGUAUAUCACCAUUUUGAACAUGCUUUUGACGAUCCAUUUAAGAUAGAUCUUAAUUGGUGUGGGUGGGAAUAUAGGUUGAAGAAGAUGGAGAGGAAAGUCAGGAAAAUGGAGAGAUUUGUUGCGGUUACAGCACAAUUGUGUCAAGAGAUGGAAGUGCUGGCUGAGGUUGAGCAGAGUCUCAGGAGAAUGCAGGGCAAUGUUAAUUUAAGUCAGGUGAAAUUGCUUGAGUUUCAUCAGAAGGUUAUGUGGCAGCAGCAGGAGGUGAAACAUCUACGAGAGAUGUCCCCGUGGGUCAGGACAUACGAUUACACCGUUAGGCUUCUACUUAGAUCCCUUUUCACAAUAAUCAGUAGGAUCAAACAUGUCUUUGGGAUUAAUCAAAUGGCAUCUGUUGAAGAAAACAGUAAUCCUGAAGGUAUAAAUGCUGAUUGUCUUCUUCGCAGCCAUUCCAUUUCCACUCUUAUGCAAUCCUUGGUUCAUCCAUCUGAUAAUAACCCAGACGGGUUCUUUUCUGGACGGCUUGGGAGAUCAGUUUCAAAUUUGGGGCUGACUACUGAUAAAAUUAGAACAAACAACAAGCAAAGCCAAUCUUGUCACCUGUCAUCUACCCUUUGUGGAAAGUCCUCCCAGUUGAAAACCAGACAAUUGGUUCGUAGUGGACCUUUUAAAGGAUGCAUUCUGGGUGGCAGUGAUUCUCAUGUCGUGAAAAGCUGUGUGUCGACAAGCAGUGGCUCUUUGAGGUCAAGUGGUGUUUUUUCAAAUGGCAUUGAUAGAACGAAAGACGCUAACAUGGAUUCUCUUUCUUACAGCAGCAUAUUUCACGCUAAAGUUUUCAUUGUCAAUUCCAAGCGGAAGUUGUUGAAUGCACCAGCGUCUACUCUUGGUUAUGCUGGUUUGGCUCUCCAUUAUGCAAAUGUUAUAAUACUGAUUGAGAAGCUAGCUUCGGCUCCUCACUUGAUCUGCCUUGAUGCAAGAGAUGACCUAUACAAUAUGUUACCCACCAGUGUCAGAACCUCUUUGAGAGUAAAGCUAAAGUUAUUUGCCAAAACUUCAGCUUCAUCUGUCCAUGAUGCUGCCCUUGCAGCAGAAUGGAGUUUGGCAUUGGCAAGAAUAUUAGAGUGGCUGGCUCCACUUGCUCAUAACAUGAUAAGGUGGCAUUCUGAGCGGAAUUUCGAGAAGCAACAUAUGGUUUCUGGGAUGAAUGUACUUCUUGUCCAGACCCUCUACUUUGCAAAUCAACCAAAGACAGAAGCUGCAAUUACAGAACUUAUCAUGGGUCUAAAUUACCUCUCGAGGUUUGGAAGAGAACUUAACGAAAAGGUGUUUUUGGAGUCUGCGUGUAGUAGAGCUUGUGAUGAUUUUUUGCUCCAAAGAGAUAACAUUACCUGUGGUGUGUGAUUGAUCACGAAAGUUCAUGCACUAUGUAUUUGCUUGGUCAAUAGCACAGUUUUUCACUCUUUUGGAAUCUUUA